AUGUGGAUAUUUAAAAUAGUAAUUUUUUAUUUGCUCUGCGGACUCGUAGUGGCCCAGAUCUGUAAUGUCGUCCGUAAUAGAAAUGGCAAGCAAGUAACAGUGAAGGAUUGCUGCACUGGCUACAAAAGAGCACCGGGCAAACAACUGAAGUGCACUCCAAUAUGCAGGGGAAACUGCAGAAGUGGAACAUGCACGCAACCAAAUGUGUGUACCUGCCGGAAAGGAUAUGUCAACCUCAACAAAGAACGAUCUAACUUUUGUGUACCUUUCUGCAAAGGAUGCGAAAAAGGAGUCUGCCAAUCGCCUGGACAUUGUCUUUGCACAACCGGACACAAACUAGACAGUAAGACCGGCAACUGUGUGCCUCAAUGUUCCAGUGGCUGUCGCAAUGGCAGCUGCAUUUCGCCCAACAAGUGCAGGUGCAACCAGGGAUACACGCUGAAUGCAACCACCCAGGAGUGCCUGCCCACCUGUAAUGAUAACUGCAAAGUAAACAAUGGCUUCUGCGCGGCUCCCAAUCGUUGCCAGUGCAACCCGGGCUACAUUCCCAAGCCGAACUCAAAGUCGUUCGCGUGUCAACCAGUCUGCAAAAAUGAAUGCAAAAACGGAGUUUGCCGAGCUCCCGACGUCUGUGAGUGCAAUAGGUUCUAUCGCAAGGACGCCGAUAAGAACUGUGCUCCCAUCUGCGAGCAAGAAUGUGUGCACGGAGAUUGCACGGCACCGGAUGUCUGUGAAUGUUGGAAGGACUAUACGAAAAUCGGGGAGAAUGUCUGCGUGGCCAAUUGUAAGGCUUGCCAAAACGGAGUCUGCGUGGCGCCCAAUGUGUGCACCUGCAACGCAGGAUACAGCAAAGUUGACGGUGUCUGCAGUCCAGUUUGCGAGGAUAGUUGUGAGAACGGAUCCUGUGUGGCACCCGGCGAGUGUUCCUGCCACGAGGGAUACGUUAAGUUAGGGAACAAGUGUGUCCCAGAUUGCAAGGGUGGAUGUUUAAACGGAUUUUGUGCUUCCCCGGGAAAGUGUUCCUGCAAUGAAGGAUACAGCAAGGAAACAAAUAGCAGUUGUGCACCAGUUUGCUCAAAGGAAUGUGAGAACGGAUUUUGUUCUUCACCUGAAAAGUGUUCCUGCAAUGAAGGAUACAUAAUGGAUAGUGAGAACAGAUGUGUUCCAGUUUGUACAGGUGAAUGUAAGAACGGAUUUUGUGCUUCGCCGGAAAAGUGUUCCUGCAAUGAAGGAUACAGCAAGGAAACGGAGAACAGUUGUGCACCAUUUUGCACAAAGGAAUGUGAGAACGGAUUUUGUUCUUCACCUGAAAAGUGUUCCUGCAAUGAAGGAUACAUAAUGGAUAGUGAGAACAGAUGUGUUCCAGUUUGUACAGGUGAAUGUAAGAACGGAUUUUGUGCUUCGCCGGGAAAGUGUUCCUGCAAUGAAGGAUACAGCAAGGAAACGGAGAACAGUUGUUCGCCAGUUUGCUCGAAGGAAUGUGAGAACGGAUUUUGUUCUUCACCUGAAAAGUGUUCCUGCAAUGAAGGAUACAUAAUGGAUAGUGAGAAUAGAUGUGUUCCAGUUUGUACAGGUGAAUGUAAAAACGGAUUUUGUGCUUCGCCGGGAAAGUGUUCCUGCAAUGAAGGAUACAGCAAGGAAACGGAGAACAGUUGUUCGCCAGUUUGCUCGAAGGAAUGUGAGAACGGAUUUUGUUCUUCACCUGAAAAGUGUUCCUGCAAUGAAGGAUACAUAAUGGAUAGUGAGAACAGAUGUGUUCCAGUUUGUACAGGUGAAUGUAAGAACGGAUUUUGUGCUUCGCCGGGAAAGUGUUCCUGCAAUAAAGGAUACAGCAAGGAAACGGAGAACAGUUGUGCACCAGUUUGCUCAAAGGAAUGUGAGAACGGAUUUUGUUCUUCACCUGAAAAGUGUUCCUGCAAUGAAGGAUACAUAAUGGAUAGUGAGAACAGAUGUGUUCCAGUUUGUACAGGUGAAUGUAAGAACGGAUUUUGUGCUUCGCCAGGAAAGUGUUCCUGCAAUGAAGGAUACAGCAAGGAAACGGAGAACAGUUGUGCACCAGUUUGCUCGAAGGAAUGUGAGAACGGAUUUUGUUCUUCACCUGAAAAGUGUUCCUGCAAUGAAGGAUACAUAAUGGACAGUGAGAACAGAUGUGUUCCAGUUUGUACAGGUGAAUGUAAGAACGGAUUUUGUGCUUCGCCGGAAAAGUGUUCCUGCAAUGAAGGAUACAGCAAGGAAACGGAGAACAGUUGUGCACCAGUUUGCUCGAAGGAAUGUGAGAACGGAUUUUGUUCUUCACCUGAAAAGUGUUCCUGCAAUGAAGGAUACAUAAUGGACAGUAAGAACAGAUGUGUUCCAGUUUGUACAGGUGAAUGUAAGAACGGAUUUUGUGCUGCGCCGGAAAAGUGUUCCUGCAAUGAAGGAUACAGCAAGGAAACGGAGAACAGUUGUGCACCAGUUUGCUCGAAGGAAUGUGAGAACGGAUUUUGUUCUUCACCUGAAAAGUGUUCCUGCAAUGAAGGAUACAUAAUGGACAGUAAGAACAGAUGUGUUCCAGUUUGUGCAGGUGAAUGUAAGAACGGAUUUUGUGCUGCGCCGGAAAAGUGUUCCUGCAAUGAAGGAUACAGCAAGGAAACAGAUAAGAGUUGUGCACCAGUUUGCUCGAAGGAAUUUUGCAUAGAUGAAUGUGCGAAUGGAUUUUGCAUUUCUCCAGGAGUUUGCAAGUGCAACGAGGGCUUUAUCCUUUCUGAAAUAUCAAACACUUGUCUGCCUGAACAGGAAUUGCUUUUAGACGAAGAUUGCUAUCAGACCUGCCGGAAUGGAACCUGUCGUGAAGGAGUUUGCUCGUGUGAGGAUAAAUACAAGCUACACCGCGAUAAGGACGACAAUAUAAGUCUUUUCUGCAUCCCCAUUUGCGACCCCGAGUGUAUUAACGGACACUGUGAAGCACCAGGGACAUGUGCCUGUUUCGAUGACGCGAGUCCAGAAGAUGGCUAUCGUUGUCAGUCUGUGAAUUCUUUUGAGGAAUGGGGUUCAUCCAGCCCCAAAGGUGACAAAGUUAAGCACUUUAAGUGGGUAUUUAUUACCAUUGCUUUGGUAGCUCUCAUUUUGGCCGUGACGAUUGCCAUGCUUAUGAUGUAUAUCUUCAAGAAACGAUCCUAUUACGUGGGCAAGAAUGAACAACAACUUGGCGUCUACUUCUUGCCCCAAAGAGCGGAUAUAAUUCGAGCGUGAUUUUCAACUGCAAUAUACCUACUCAUUAUUUCAUUAAAUUCACUCAUUCAGAAAUAAAAUAAAUGUAUGUAUAAAUCGUAA